AUGGAAGCAACAACUCGAAGGCGGCGCCUCCUGGGGUGGUUGGCGGCAUCGGAAGUGGCCAAGCACAACAGCAACACGGACUGCUGGGUGGUGGUCGACGGCCAAGUGCUGGACGUCACAAGCUUCUUGUCGGAGCACCCCGGGGGUGAGCUGGUCAUCCUCAUCUUCGCUGGCAAAGACGCCACGGUGGAGUUCAACAUGACUCACCUUCCUGAUGUUAUCGGCAGGUAUGCCCCUUUCUUUGCGAUCGGUGUCGUUGGCGGGGUGGCCGGCAUGCCGCGGCUGACCUGCCGGUAA